AUGCGCUUCGCUCUCAUCUCCGUCCUGUCUCUGGUCGGCGCGGCCGUCGCGUCUCCACACAUGAUGGCCAAGCGAGACUCCGAGUGUGUCGGUGACCUUCUGUGCUGUGGCACUCUGACCACCCCUCUCGACCCUAUCGUCGACCCUCUCCUAGAGGAACUCGGCAUUGAUGCCGCCAAUCUUAUUGGAUCUGUCGGACUCCUAUGCUCCGCCUACAAGAAGGACUCUUGUGACUCUGCUCCUCAGUGCUGCACUGAGGCCAACCUCCUGGUAAGCAUCGAUGUUGACAAGGCACUGAGGCGGGAACAGUUACUGACAGAUUAUCAGGGCGGCGAGCUUGCUCUCGGGUGUGAGGACUAUAAAUAA